AUGCCUGGCGCUAAAGACUCUAGACCGUCCAGCUCAAGCUCAGGCUCGGGCUCGGGCUCGGGCUCAGGCUUGAGCACAGUAUCAUCCCAUGACGCCACACCAACCAAGAACCGCUUCUUCCCACCCCCACACGGUGCCACUCUGACAGGAGUCGCAGCGCUGCUAGCCCAACCCACCACCCGCAACGUCGUCGUCCUCGCUGGAGCCGGAAUCUCGACCUCUGCCGAACCACCCAUCCCGGACUUCCGAUCGCCGGGAACUGGUCUCUACUCGAACCUCGCAGCGUACAACCUGCCGUACGCAGAGGCCAUCUUCGACAUUGGCUACUUUCAGCGUCAUCCGCAACCGUUCUUCACCCUCGCCAAGCACCUGUAUCCGGGCAACUUCAAGCCAGCCCUAGCGCACUACUUUUUGACGCUGCUGCAGAGCAAGGGCAAGCUGAAGCGGGUCUUUACGCAGAACGUGGAUACGCUCGAGCGCAUUGCGGGCGUCGAGGCGGACAAGGUGGUCGAGGCACAUGGCAGUUUUGCCAGUUCAACGUGCAUUGCAUGCAAGCACCGCGUGGAUGAUGACUGGAUCAGAGCCAAGGUGGAGAAGGGCCAAGUGGCGAGGUGUCCUCGACCAAAGUGUUCGGGCAAAAAGCGUGGAGGCGGAGCAGAGGCAGGAGGAGGACUGGUCAAGCCCGACAUUGUGUUUUUCGGCGAAUCCCUCCCCUCGCGCUUCUUCCGCUGCAUUCCGGACCUCAAGCAGGCAGACUUGCUCAUCGUCAUGGGUACAUCUCUGCAAGUGCAACCGUUCGCAUCCCUCAUCGACGCCGUACCCCCUACCUGCCCUAGAGUGCUCAUCAACCUCGAACGCGUCGGCGAACUCGCUUCCUCCGACGGCUACACCGGAAGCGGCAUGGGCAGCGGCAUGUUCAACGAAACUGGCUUCGACUGUGAAGGCCUCACCUUCGGCGGCAGGGACAAGACGCGUGAUGUGUUUUACCAAGGAAAGGCAGACGAAGGCGUGGCAGAGCUGGUCAGGCUCGUGGGUGACGACUGGGUCUCGGAACUGCGCAGGCUGAAAGAGGACGGGUAUGCGAAGCUCGAUGCGGACAAGAAGAGCAGCACAGCGGCGAAGCAGGCAGAGGUGCAACAGCACAGCAACGACAAGCUGGCCAAUCCGACGAUUAAGGACGACACUAGCAAGUUGGACGAGUUGGCGCGCGAUCUGGAGAGUAAAGCCAAGCUGGAUGGUGAGCCGAAGGGGGAUGCCGACGAUGCGACAGAUAGCAUGAAGGCUGCUUCAAAAACAAAGGGCUCGUCUUGA